GAGCAAGAAGAGAGGUUUGGACUCGAGUGCCAUUGUUGUCGUGUUUGUUUGUUUUGUUUGUGUAAUUCUCGUUUUUCUUGUCGUGUAACGUCGACGGCUUGUGGAACUUACCGAACGUGAGGCGUUUGUCGGGAGGGAGUGGUUAUGGACAAGUGUGGUUUGUGAGGAGCACAUUCCUGAGCGCAACCCGCACUGCCGAGGACCUGACUCUGGGGAGGCGAAUGCCAUUGUGAGCCCAUCGGGAUUUCGAGCCGCGGCUUCGCUCAUGCAACAUCGUGGCUUCAUGUGAAGACGGGAAGGUAACUAAAGUGCCGAUCCAGGAGGAGACUCAAGACAAGACAAGCCGGGACAUCAACACCGUCGAAUACGGUUGUCUACGCUUCUUGUCGGAAUCGCAUCAACCCAGCCAUGCGGAGACGCCCAACCCGUGACAAGGCCUGAGUCGACAAGUUUCUAGGGCACCACAAGAAUCAAACGAGUUGGGGCGGCGGCUUUUGUAACAGUGACAAGAAUCGACAGCCAUGAACUCUGUAAUCUUUCUGGCGCUGACCAUUGCGUCUUCAACGCUGCUGCUAAACCGGGUGGCGUGCCAGAUUGAGUGCGACUUGAAGAGUUGCGAAAAUCAGUGCAUGUCACUCAAUGCCUGGCGGUGGAGUUGCGAGGGGGAAGGCUGUCUUUGUACGUUUCAUCUGGACGAUGCGAAGGCUCUGUGCGAGAAAGGUGGCGGAAUUGCCGGCGGAAGCGGUGGCGGAAGUGGUGGUGGGGGUGGAAACGAGCCUGACAAGAAGAAAAAGGACCAAGAGCACGAUUACGAUGAUGAUUAUGACGACAUAUUUUACGACGACAACCAUGAUGGCGGCUCAAGAGAAACUGGAAGACCCCCUGGUGGUCAAGGCGGCGGCAAGAAGACCACGAAGACUCCCGGUGGCAGCAAGAAGAGCAAAGGCACGACCAAGCGGCCAGGAGGCGGUGGAAAGCCAACAAAGAGGCCAGGACAAGGUGGCAAGCCGCCCGGUGGCAAACCACCCGGUGGCAAACCACCCGGUGGCAAACCACCCGUUGGGAAACCACCUGGUGGCAAACCACCUGGUGGCGAUAAGGGCAAGGUCACACCACCCGGUGGGGAUUAUGAUGAGUCUGACGAGACGCUAAGUACUCCUGAGUACAGUACUUCCGACAGCACACCGAGCACCCCCGGAUAUAGUACUACUGACAGUAGCAGCAGCAUGUCGUUUUCCAGCGAGGACGACUACGGACAAGAGGACUACGGUCAAAAGGACUACGGUCAGAAGGGCCACGGUCAGAAGGACUACGCAGCCAGGGCCAGACCAUCGUCUCUCAGUCUCCUGCCCCGUAAGGCGCUGGAACCGACGAACGGAGGAGGCGGUAGCCGCGUCGGAAAAGUCGGGAAGAUGCACAUGCCGUUCGUCGUCAAGAGUCUGCACAUGCCGUUGUCCUCCAAGCAGGUGAUGGAACAGCUCAAGCGGCAGAAGGGAGACAUUCCCAUGAGAAAGAUCGAGGAUUUCUUGAGGAAGGGUGGUCGUUAA